GCAGCAGGAAAAGUUCCUGGACGACUUCGAGGAGCCCAAGAAGGUGUCUUCCUAGCUACUGUCAGCGUUAGUUAUUCCUAGUUCGUAAGCGUUUUCUUCAUUUUACAACAACUUUACACUUUUUGAAGUCGUUGCACAACAGGAUGGCCCAACCCAGUGCCCGUGUGCUCCAGAGCGGCAUGCGCCUGCCACCAAUGCCCACAAUUCGGGAGCUGGUGAAGCUAUACAGACUACAGGCCAGGAAACAGCUCAGCCAGAACUUCCUCAUGGACGAGCGGCUCACGGACAAGAUAGUCAAGUCGGCGGGGCGCAUCGAUCCCAAAGAUUUAGUUCUGGAGGUGGGCCCCGGGCCUGGCGGUAUCACGCGCUCUAUUCUGCGUCGUCACCCACAGCGAUUGUUGCUUGUGGAGAAGGAUCCGCGCUUCGGCGAAACACUGCAGUUGCUCAAGGAGUGCGCCAGUCCGCUAAACAUCCAGUUCGACAUCCACUAUGAUGACAUCCUGCGCUUCAACAUGGAGCAGCACAUCCCGGACACCUCACAGCGGAUCCAUCUGAUUGGCAACCUGCCGUUCGCCAUAUCCACGCGACUGUUGAUCAAUUGGCUUGAUGAUUUGGCCGCUAGGCGUGGUGCUUUUCGGCGCAUCGACACCUGUAUGACUCUGACCUUCCAGCAAGAGGUGGCCGAGCGAAUUUGUGCCCCCGUAGGCGGCGAACAACGCUGCCGGCUGUCGGUGAUGUCGCAGGUGUGGACGGAACCCGUCAUGAAGUUCACCAUACCGGGCAAGGCGUUCGUUCCGAAACCACAGGUGGAUGUGGGCGUCGUCAAGCUAAUUCCCCUCAAGCGCCCCAAGACGCAAUUGCCGUUUCACCUAGUUGAGCGCGUAGUCCGUCACAUCUUUAGCAUGCGCCAAAAGUACUGUCGCCGAGGCUAUGGCACCCUCCUUCCGCCAGAGGAUCGCGAGGAGGUUGCUCAAAAGCUAUUCGAGCGCGCCGAAGUACAGGAUACGCUGCGUCCCUUUGAACUAACGGUGGAGCAGUGCCUGAGAUUGGCCGAAGUCUAUUCGGAGCAUCUGGUGACGCGACCCGACGUGGCUGCCUAUGAUUACCGGGCUCCCAAAAAUGCGGAGGUCCUUUAAAGCAACGAUUUCACUCCUGUUUAUAAAUAUGGUAAAAUGUAUUUAAUUAGUUGAGUAAACACAAGACUCUAAAAGCUGUA